AUGAAUUCUGCUGCGAAGCUGGAUCGGCAGCUGUCCCAGAUCCUCGAGCAGGUGCGGAUACGGGCAGGGUCGCUGAGCACUGGGAGCCGUAUAAUCAUAGAAAAGUGGGUUCUGAAGCUAAUGGAGCAGCAGAGCCAUCUGGAAUGGAAGAAGAAUCGCAACCUCUACGGGGUCUAUCUCCUCGACAUGCUCAUGAAGCGAACGCUUGACGAUCCGUUUAAUAAACGUCCACCAGACACAGCGCUUCCAACUCUUCCGUCACACAUAAAGCAGUAUUACGGACGCAUGACAAGCGAGAUUUUGACGCGCAGCAUAGACGAAACAGGCCUAGAUCAUGCUGUAGGGAAGUCAGGAAUGGGAAAGUCUGUUUUGCGAGCCUCUUCUACAUCUAGCGUUGGUAAGCUCGGGUUUAAGAAUUCAGCCGUUAACAACACUCCCGCGUCUAACGACAGCAGGCUGCGCUCCUUAUCUAAUGCAUCUAAGGUGCUUACUUCUGCUACAGCCAUAUACACACCUCAUUCUAGUAACCACCCGUCCGCUCCCAAUCUCAAUGCCGACUUUGGGCUAUCAAAGCCUUCUGCACCGUCUACUGCUUCUUUAACUGACAACUAUCCUCCCGACCCUGUCGGGGCAUUGCUAAGGCGGAUUUAUAACCCUGCGCCGGUACAUGCCGAGGGCAUCCAUCAUGAAAACAAUGAGUAUCAGCAACACUCAGCAAUGCAAGGUGCCCCUUUGCUGUCUUCUCUAGACACGCUAGCCACUGCACCACAUUCAGACCAGGUAGAGCAUCAACUUACUGCUUCAAAACUUCGAAUCCAGGAGCUAGAGAGCGAGAUUCUGAACUAUAAGAAUGAAAUAACGUCCCUUAAGCGUGUUAUAGAGGCACUCAAGGCAGAGGAUUUUGCACUAGAGAAAACGGCCAGACAAAUCCACGCUGAAGCUUUAUCAAUCGUAUCUAUGUAA